GCCUGUUUACUAGAUAAAAUCUCCAUCAUAGGGGGGGAGAAGAGUGUGCCUGUGCAGCAACAAUGGCGGAAGAGGUGGAGGAGGAGGAGAAGAAGAAGCUGCUGGGCCAUGACGGAAGAGCGUGGCCGGGAAUAGUGGCAGUGAACCCGAAGCCGAGCAAAGGCUUCACUUCAAAGGCCAUUGACUAUGCUGAGAAGCUUAUAGUGAAGCUCACGUACGGCCCUUCCCAGCCUCUUCACUAUCUCUCCGGUGACUUUGGCCCGGUUCCUGAGACGACUCCUGUCUCUAACCUACCCAUCACAGGCCACCUCCCCGACUGCUUGAAUGGAGAGUUUGUCAGGGUUGGUCCCAACGCCAAGUUUGCCCCCAUCGCUGGCUACCAUUUGUUUGAUGGAGAUGGGAUGAUUCACGGACUGCGCAUUAAGAAUGGGAAGGCAACUUACGUCUCCCGCUUCGUGAAGACUUCGAAACUUAAGCAGGAGGAGUUCUUCGGGAGCUCUAAAUUUGCCAAGAUCGGAGACCUCAAGGGGCUAUUUGGGUUACUUAUGGUUGGUGUGCAAAUAUUGAGAGCAAAACUAAAAGUGCUAGAUGUUUCAUAUGGAACUGGAACAGGUAACACCGCUCUUGUAUAUCACCACGGGAAACUUCUAUCAUUGCACGAGUUUGAUAAACCUUAUGUGAUUAAGGUUUUGGAAGAUGGGGACCUCCAAACUCUUGGGAUGAUGGAUUAUGACAAGAGACUUCUGCAUCCUUUCACUGCACAUCCCAAAGUCGACCCUGUCACUGGCGAAAUGUUUACUUUUGGCUAUUCACAGAUGCCCCCCUACGUCACAUAUCGUGUCAUUUCAAAGGAUGGUUUCAUGCAUGACCCGGUACCGAUUACCAUACCAGAGUCCGUCAUGAUGCAUGACUUUGCUAUCACUGAGAGUUACGCCAUUUUCAUGGAUCUUCCAUUUUAUUUCAGGCCCACGGCAAUGGUGAAAGGAAAUAAGCUGCCCCUUGUUUUUGAUGCUACAAAGAAAGCACGAUUUGGUGUACUCCCGCGUUAUGCAAAGACCGAACUCCAGAUCAGAUGGUUUGAGCUUCCAAAUUGCUUCAUAUUUCACAAUGCCAAUGCAUGGGAAGAGGAAGAUGAAGUUGUUCUCGUUACUUGCCGCGUCGAGAAUCCAGAUCUAGAAAUGCUUAAUGGAGCUGUCAAAGAAACUGCUGAGAGUUUCCGAACUGAACUGCACGAGAUGAGAUUCAACAUGAACACAGGUCUAGCUUCACAAAGGAAGUUAUCGGAAUCUACUGUUGAUUUCCCCAGGAUAAACGAGGCCUACACUGGCAGGAAACAGAGAUAUGUUUACGGGGCGCUCAUAGAAAGCAUGGCAAAGGUUGCUGGGAUUGUGAAGUUUGAUCUACAAGCAGAACCAGUGGAAGGAAAAGAGAAGAUUGAACUUGGAGGGAAUGUUAAAGGGAUCUUCAGAUUGGGAGCUGGAAGAUUCGGCUCGGAGGCCGUCUUUGUCCCUCGAGAACCUGGCAUUGCUAUCGAAGAAGACGACGGAUAUUUGAUACUCUUUGUGCAUGAUGAGAAAACCGGAAAAUCAUCUGUAAACGUGAUUGACGCGAAAACGAUGUCAGCUGAUCCCGUCGCCGUGGUAGAUUUGCCGAGGAGGGUUCCGUAUGGGUUCCACGCAUUGUUUGUUACCGAGGAACAACUUCGACUGCAGGCGCAUGUUUGAUGUGCUGCUCAUGUUAAUGUUUUUACGUGAAUUUAUCUCCCUCGUCGAAUAUGUACCAUUACUCGCCCAUGUUCCAGGCAAGCUGUUUCCUCCCUCUAGGGGUCUUCGUGGCUGGUGGAGUCGACCAUGCGACCUCUUAUUGAAGCAUGUCAAGUUGACGUUUACAGUAAAAGUCAGGGCAUACUUGCGGAAAUCGAACAUACGAAUAUCUUCUUUGUGGCAUUUUGGCGAAGUUUAUAUCUGAUUCAGAUUUCCGAGCCAUUAAACAGGUUUUACAUUUUAAGGAAUAAGCUAAUAGGAUUGAUAACCUUACAUGUGCGCCUUUCCAGUCUUGGACUCGAAGCCAUUCGAUUGACGGUUAUUUAUCCCGGAGACAUGUAAAUGCGAAUACUUUUCGCAAUUAAAAGGAGCCUACUACUUCUUUUAUA